AUGUCACCACCACCAGCAAUGAUUUUUGGCAUUGGUGAUAAAAGCAAUAGUAAAAAUCCUGCUCAAGUUAAAAUACUUACUGCUACAACAAUUAAACAUACUGGAAUUCAUAAACCAACUGAAACUCCUGUCAGUGAUAAUAGCAACAAAAACGGCAAAAAAUAUAAUGGUGCAAUAGGUAUCGAUUUAGGUACUACAUACUCUUGUGUUGCUGUUUGGGAAAAUGAAUUACGUGUUGAAAUUAUUGCUAAUGAACAAGGAAAUCGUACAACACCUUCUUAUGUUGCAUUUACCGAGAAUGAAAGACUUAUCGGUGAUGCUGCUAAAAAUCAAGCUGCAAUGAAUCCAAAAAAUACUGUGUUUGAUGCAAAACGUUUAAUUGGUCGUCGUUUUGAUGAUCCUGAAGUUAAAGCAGAUGUUAAACAUUGGCCUUUUACUGUAAUUGAAAAAGAUGACGGAGCACCAUUAAUUCAAGUUGAAUAUCAGGGAGAGACUAAAACUUUUACUCCUCAAGAAAUCUCUUCAAUGGUCUUAACUCGCAUGAAGGACAUAGCUGAAUAUAAACUUGGGAAAAAAGUAAAGAAAUCUGUUGUUACAGUUCCUGCAUAUUUCAACGAUUCACAACGUCUUGCAACGAGGGAUGCUGGUAAAAUCGCAGGUCUUGAUGUUCUCAGAAUUAUCAAUGAACCAACUGCUGCAGCUAUUGCUUAUGGACUUGACUCCAAAGAUACAUCAGAAAAAAAUGUUUUGAUUUUUGAUUUGGGUGGUGGAACUUUUGACGUAUCACUUUUAAAUAUAUCUGGUGGUGUUUUUGCUGUAAAAGCUACAGCUGGUGACACUCAUUUAGGCGGUGAAGAUUUUGAUAAUAACUUGCUGGAACAUUUUAAACAAGAAUUUAAACGUAAACAUAAACAUGAUAUAUCUGGUGAUGCUCGUGCUAUCCGACGUCUUAGAUCUGCAUGUGAACGUGCCAAACGUACAUUAUCCUCAUUAACACAGACCACCAUUGAAGUUGACUCUUUAUUUGAUGGAAUUGAUUUUCAAGCAACUCUUACAAGAGCGAAAUUUGAAGAAUUAAAUUAUACAUUAUUCAAUGGAACCAUAGAACCUGUACGUAAGGUAUUAAAAGACGCUAAAAUGGAAAAAAAAGGCAUUAAUGAAAUUGUUUUGGUCGGUGGAUCAACAAGAAUUCCCAAAAUCCAAUCACUUCUUCAAGAAUUUUUCGAUGGAAAAGAAUUAAAUAAAUCUAUUAAUCCUGAUGAAGCGGUGGCAUAUGGUGCAGCAGUACAGGCAGCUCUUCUCACAAAUCAAGCCAGCAGUGAUAAAACACAAGAUCUGUUGUUAUUGGAUGUGGUACCUCUUAGCUUAGGAGUUGAGACACAAGGUGGUAUCAUGACUAUAGUUGUACCUCGUAAUACACCGAUCCCUACAAUCAAAAAGAAAAUAUUUACAACGGCUGAUGAUGGACAAACGAUUGUGGAAUUUCCAGUUUAUGAGGGCGAAAGACCUAUGUGUCGUGAUAAUAAUCUUCUUGGAUCGUUUGAAUUAUCAGGAAUUCCACCAAUGCCUCGCGGCGAAGCAGAGUUAGAGUGUACUUUUGAUAUCAAUGCUGAUGGUAUUCUAAAGGUGACAGCCAAAGACAAAGCAACUGGUCGUAAAGCAAAUAUCACUAUUUCAAAUUCUGCAGGUAGAUUAUCAGCAACUGAAAUUGAACGUAUGAUUACUGAAUCUGAGAAAUUUAAAGAAGAAGACAAACAAAGUCAAGAACGUGUCGAAGCUAAACAAGAACUUGAAAAUUAUGCUCUUGAAUGUCUUGAACUUAGUGGUGAUAAUACAGUUGCGAGUAAGGAAGAAAUAAGUAAUGCAAAAAAGAAAUUACAACGUAGUGUCACUCGUGCGUUUGCUUCUCUUAAUCGUUAA